CUCAGGACCCCCGCCCCGCUCCGUCAGACCGGAGAACCGUCACACCGUCGGAGAGGCGAGGAGAGCGCGCCCGCUGCUUCCCGGUGCUGCUGCCCGGUGCGGCCCCGUCCAGCCGCCGCGCAAGGAUGCUGGUGAAGGCGGAGGUCCUGGCGCCGCCCGCCGAGGACGAGCUGCUGCUGCUGGGGCUGGGCUCGCCCGCCCCCUCGCCCUCGCUGCCGUCCAGCGCCGAGGAGGAGGAGGAAGAGGAGGAGGAGGAGGAGGAGCUGCGCGCCGCGCCGCCGGCUCGGCCCGUCGAGGCUCCGGGCGGCCGCGGGUUGCGGCGGACGGAGGGGAAGCGGCGGCCGGGGCGGUCCCGCGGCGCUCCGCGGGCGGCGCGCACGGCGGAGACGGCGCAGCGCAUCAAGAGGAGCCGGCGGCUCAAGGCCAACAACCGCGAGCGCAACCGGAUGCACAACCUGAACGCGGCGCUGGACGCCCUCCGCGACGUGCUGCCCACCUUCCCCGAGGACGCCAAGCUCACCAAGAUCGAGACGCUCCGCUUCGCUCACAACUACAUCUGGGCUCUCACCGAGACCCUGCGGCUGGCCGGGGCGGCGCGGCUCGGCCCCGACGGGGCGGCGGUGGCGGUGCCAGCCGAGGGCAGCCCCUCGCCCGCCUCCUCCUGGAGCGGCGGCGCCGCCAGCCCCGCGCCCUCCGCCUCCCCGUACGCCUGCACUUUAUCGCCCGCCAGCCCCGCGGGCUCCUCCUCGGAUCCCGAGCACUGGCCCGGCCGCUUCGCCCCGGGGCCGCCGGCGCCGCUGCCCCGCCGCUGCCUCUAGCCCGGCCCGGCGCUGCCGGGGCUCCCCCCGGGGCGGCGGCGGCGACAGCGGCAUCUGCCCGCUUCCCAGGGCAGGGCGGGCUGUGGGAACGGCACCUGCCAAACCAAACUUUCCGUCUUUCUCUCUUUCUCUCUCGCCGAUGUGCACUUUGUCCAGUUUUCCCAGAUCUGUCACCGCGGGGCUUUUGUGUGUGUGUGUCCCCCUUUCCCCGCUCCCCUCUUUGCCAUCUGUCCCUUAUGAUUUAUAGGCGGGAGGGGGGUGCAAAGCGAGGGGAAAAAAAAGUAAAUUGUUUUGUUAGGGGUCCAGGUUAGAAGUCAUUGUAUAAUUUGUAGGCUUUGUGAGGGCUGAAUGCAAGCGUGGAAAUUUAGGCUGAACUCUCUAUCAAAAGGGAAAAAAAAAUCGGGAGGGGGGAAUGGGGAAGGAUCUCCUCAUACAUUAUUUAUUUCGACCUUUAGGGGACAAGGAACUCCCCCCUUCUUUCAGGAGAUUAAAAAUAAAUCAACAGACUGAAAACCUCAACAGACACGGAACAUUACAGCGAUCAGCCACACACGUGUUCACAUUUAUUUAUUAUAAAGACAGAUUUCAUGGAAAAUAUGUAUUUUUUGUAUAAUUUACAGAGUUUAUUCUAGUAUGUAUUUACAGCUGAAGAGCAAAGGGAUUGUCCUUGUGAUAAAAUAUAAAUAAAAAGCUC